AUGCUGACUCAUCACCGCGGGGCAACGCUGGAAUUGGCCGAGAGCGAUAUCGCUGCCGCAGUGAAUUGCCACAAGCUUUCAACCCUAUCACCAGCGAAUUGGAGUCUUGGUGCUCUUAUCUAUGAGGUUUACGAGGUAUUGGAGCUAGUGAAGCCUCCAACAAACCGCAUGCGGGGCUCAAGAGACGCUUGA